UCACUUCCCAGUUGAGAAGAUGGCGUACGGACGGACAGGAACGUUCGACAAAACUAACCCUUUUGCGGACGACGAGGACGAUCUAACCGGCGGGGAUGAGGACGAUGGAGGGUGGGACUUGAUGAGGGAUGAGUUGGCCACCCGGCAGGGUAAUAUUUCCCGCAGUACGCAGCGCUGCUUAGGCGCUAUCGCCGAGUCGGAGAGAGUCGGCGUGGCCACAGCAGAGGAGCUUCUCCACCAGCGAGAGCAGCUGGAGAGAACAGAGAAGAACCUGGACAAGAUAAACAAGGAUCUGGACGUGUCCCAGAGGCACAUCACCUCCAUCAAGUCCAUGUGGGGCGGGGUCAUCAACUUCUUCAAGAAGAAACCUCAGGAGCCUCCACCGGUUGCUUCGGAACAGGAGACAAAAGUCCAGGGUGCUCCAAAGCUGAGACAAGCCAUGGAGGCGUCCCAGAACCAGCCCAGGCCGGCCGGAGAACACCCCGCAAUGCAGCUACGGGACGAGAGCCGCUACGCACACGGGACCUCACAGAGCUUCCAGAAAUGGAACGCAGAAUUUGAGGACAACCUAGACGACAUGUCAACCGGCCUGGGCACUCUCAAGUCGCUGGCUAUGGGUUUGAAUGACGAGAUUACAGAGCAAAACGCAAUGCUGGACAGAUUAGGGGACAAGACAGACAAGUCGGAGUUACGAAUUCAUGGCACAAAUAAGGAGAUGAGAAACAUGCUCAAAUAAUAAUAGAGCUGUGUACUGCCAGCUUGUAGGAUAGCCUGUCAGUUAAUGCUUUGAAUGAAAUACAAGGAAUAUAAAGUGUGUUAUUUUUGCAAACAUUUUCAUCUAGUAUAUAUAACCAAAUACAUGUAAUGUAGUCUUCUUUGUGUCAAUGGCAAAGAAGUAUAACCUUCUUGCAUAAUAUGUAACUUUGACCUUCCUUAGAAUUAGAUUGUAGUUCUAGGUGAUCCUGGUAGCUAUCGUAAGAUUCGGUGAGAUGCCUACGCAAGUAGAUCAAAGAUGUAUGUCUGUAUCAUUGCUUCUUGAGGCAGUGUUAGUGUUCGUGUUAGUUUUGUUAGAGAGUUAGAUAUGUCAAGUGGGUAUAUACCUUUGUACAAUCUUUGUACAUGUGGCCAUUGCUUGUGGCCAGUUUUAAGUUAUUCUAAUGUUUCAUGUACCAUAACUUAUGUAAGAUUUGUAGAAAUGUGU